CACACCCACCAAUCUUAGCUAGCUACUUCGAUCAUCAGCUCGAAUCAACUUGUAAACCUUAGAACGAAUCAGGCCAAACAUGUCUCACCUAACCAAGAUCGUAGUCUUCUUGGUGAUCGUACUUGUCUCCGAGUCCGCCAUGGGUGCACCCGAGUGUGCGCCAAUCCUCAGGACAUUAGAUCCCUGCCUUCCUUACCUGGUGCAGAACCCGGGCCGCGAGGACAGCCCAUCCAAGGCUUGCUGCGACGGUCUCACAACACUCAGCGGGUUGCAGAAUGUCAAGGAUGAAUGUGAGUGCAUCAAGGCCACAGUGCUGUUGACGCCUUUAGAUUUGCCUCGAUUUGCUGCUCUCCCCAGUGUUUGUGGCACCACCUUGAAGAUUCCGACCAUCUCCGGCGACAUGGAUUGUUCUAAGAUCAAGAUGUAGGGUUUAAGGCAAGGAGUUUCACAGUUUGGCCAGAGUUUGGCAAUAAUGAAUAAAUGUGGCUCUUUUCAAUAAGCAAUAUGGCGUUGCUGUAAUUUGAAAUAUGUAUGACAAUACUUUAACAAAGAUAUUGC